AAAAAGAAAAUUGGUGGGACAUUUAAAAAGAGGAAGAAAAAUAAAAAGACAAGCAAAAUAAAUAAAUAGAAAACGUAAAGCUAAAGCAAACAAGCCUAUAGCUAAGCGUCGCUACACUUUCAAAACCUCUCAUCAGUCUCUCAUCAAAAUCCGAGAAAAAAACAAAAAGAAAAAGUCUAAAGAAACUCUAAUCUAUAAAGAUCCGAUCGUCGUCAUCUUCACUUCUCUGGAUCUUCGCCUUUUGUUUUGUCUCUUUUGCUUUAUGUUCUGUUUCUAUAUCUCGCCCUAAAUGAAAGACAGAGGAAAGAGAACUGCAAUGGAGAGAAGAAGAAACGACGACGUCUCGCUUUACUACAGCUCACCGUCGGAACUCUCUUGUCGGAAACAUCCAUCUGUUUCCGCUGUCGGAAUAUGUCCGUACUGUCUGAACGACCGUUUAGUUAACCUCGUAUGCUCAGAAUGCGGAGAACAGAGACUCUCUUCUUGCUCUUGCUCAGAUGUCUCCUCUAACCGAACCUCAAACGCCGCCGUAGACGCCGAGAAAGUCCUUCGGAUCGCUUCUCUCAUAGACGAAGAGGCGACGAAACAGAGGAAGCCGAAGAGAACAGAGGAAGUUGUGGUGUUCAAGAGGAGUAGUAGCAGCUGCGUUGAGAUCAACAAGACCAAGCAUCAUCAUAGAUUCUCGAGACUCGGGAGGUUCUUCAGGAGGAUUAAUCCGAGAAAGGACAGAGCUUUCGACGAGAAGAACAACAACGACAACGAUACUUGGGUUUUGAAACAGAGUGUUUCGAGAUCGAGAUCGCUUUGUAGCUUCCGAGGAGGAAACGGGUACUUUAUCGGUUCGGAGGAAGACGUGUCGUCUUACUCCGGCGCGAGGAGCUCGUUCUCCGCCGCGAGAAGCUCAAGCGUCAACGGCGGUUCAGGGGUUUUCGAUGCGACGUUAACAGAGCAUCGGAGGAGUAACUUCGAAGGGAGGAAGAGUAACUUCAGCGAGACGACGGAGCACCGGAGGAGCAAUUUCAGUGAAUCGGAGCCGCCGCGGAGGAGCUGUUUCGAGGCGAGGAAGAGUAACUUCAGUGAAACAGAGUAUCCGAGGAAGAGUAACUUCAGCGAAACAGAGUAUAAACAGAGUAUCAAUAAUCAUCCACGUAGGAGCAAUUACGAAGCGCCGCCAAGGAAGAGUGACUCGUCGGCGAUGAGUUUCACGAGAAGGGUUUUGUCGAUGAAAGAGAGUUACUUUACCGGAGGAGAAGAGCCUGGUUUUAUAGAUCUCAAGUUCGAUUCCUCUGGAGGAGGGGAAGUGGUGGUGAACGACGGCGUUUUGGAGCAUGGAGGAGGAGGAGGGUCUUGCCGGUUAACGAAGAAGGAUAGAGAGGUGAGUAAGAGUCGAAGAAGUUUCAAAGGAUGGAAAUGGAUAUUCGGACAUCAUCAUCAAAGAGAUUCAUGAUGAUGCUGAUGGAGAUUGAAGCGCUUGUGAUUGAAUUGGUUAUUGGUUGGAUAUAUGAGCAGGCCCGGCUCUGAAAACUCAAAAUAAUUGGACCAGAAACACUAAAAGUAAAAAAGACAUGUUACCUGAAAGGUAAUAGUAAUGAAAAGUUAAUUAUGUUGCAAAAAUUGGUUCAAACUCUGCACCUUUAGAAGGUAACAACAGAUAUU